AUGGCGGCCGCGGAGCUCGAGUGGAUCCCAGAAUCUCUGUAUAACACGGCUAUUUCUGCUGUUGUGGACAAUUACAGCCGCUCCAGGAGGGACAUACGGUCACUACCCGAGAAUAUACAGUUUGAUGUCUACUAUAAGUUGUAUCAGCAGGGUCGGCUCUGUCAGCUCGGGGGAGAGUUCUGUGAGCUCGAGGUGUUCGCCAAAGUGCUGCGUGCUUCUGACAAGAGACACCUCCUCCAUCACUGCUUCCAGGCCCUGAUGGACCACGGUGUAAAGGUGGCCUCUGUCCUCGCCAGUUCCUUCAGCCGCCGCUGCUCCUACAUCGCGGAGUCUGACGCCCAAGUGAAGGAGAAGGCCAUCCAGUUCGGCUUCGUGCUCGGCGGCUUCCUGUCAGAUGCCGGGUGGUACGGAGACGCAGAGAAGGUGUUCCUGUCGUGCCUGACUCUUUGCUCUCUGCACAGUGAGGUCCUGCACUGCUUCAGGGCCGUGGAGUGCUGCGUCAGACUGCUCCACGUCCGUAAUGGUAACUGUAAGUACCAUCUGGGGGAGGAGACCUUUAAGAUGGCGCAGUCGUACAUGGACAAGCUGUCGACGCACGGACACCAGGCCAACAAGGCCGCUCUGUACGGAGAACUCUGUGCCUUGCUCUUCGCCAAAAGCCACUACGACGAGGCGUACCGCUGGUGCAUCGAGGCCAUGAAGGAGAUCUCUCCUGGUCUGCCCGUCAAAGUUGUAGUAGACGUUCUGCGACAAGCUUCAAAGGCGUGUGUGGUGAAGAGAGAGUUCCGGAAGGCCGAGCAGCUGAUCAAACACGCCGUCUUUUUAGCCCGAGAACACUUCGGUCACAAACAUCCCAAGUACUCGGAUACUCUACUUGACUACGGAUUCUACUUACUCAACGUCGACAACAUUUGCCAAUCAGUCGCAAUUUACCAGACGGCGUUGGACAUCCGGCAGUCUGUGUUCGGGGGUAAAAACAUUCACGUUGCCACAGCUCACGAGGACUUGGCCUAUUCGUCCUACGUGCAUCAGUACAGCUCCGGGAAGUUCGACAACGCGCUGUUUCAUGCAGAACGUGCCAUAGACAUCAUUACCCACAUUCUGCCGGAGGACCACCUGCUGCUGGCCUCCUCCAAGAGAGUCAAAGCUCUGAUCUUGGAGGAGAUUGCCAUCGACUGUCACAACAAAGAGACCGAGGAGCGACUGCUGCAGGAGGCGCACGACCUGCACCUUUCCUCCCUGCAGCUCGCCAAGAAAGCUUUCGGAGAGUUCAACGUCCAGACAGCCAAGCACUACGGCAACCUGGGCCGGCUCUACCAGUCCAUGAGGAAGUUCAAGGAGGCAGAGGAGAUGCACAUAAAGGCGAUCCAGAUCAAGGAGCAGCUGCUGGGGCAUGAGGACUACGAGGUGGCUCUGUCUGUGGGACACUUGGCUUCUCUCUACAACUACGACAUGAACCAGUACGAGGACGCGGAGCGGCUGUACCUGCGCUCCAUCGCCAUCGGGAAAAAGCUGUUUGGAGAGGGCUACAGCGGCCUGGAGUACGACUACAGAGGCCUCAUCAAACUCUACAACUCUGUGGGGAACUUCGAGAAGGUGUUUGAGUACCACAACGUCCUGUCCAACUGGAACCGGCUCCGCGAUCGCCAGUUUGCCGUGGCGGACGCUCUGGAGGACGUGAACAACACGCCGCAGCAGACACAGGAGGUGGUCCAGGCCUUUCUCCUGGCACAGACUCUGGGCCCCACCAGGCCCUGUCUGCUCUAG